CCUCCCCUCCGCUUCUCUUCCAUUCUCCACUCUCUCUCUCAUUCUUCUCUCUCGAUCUUUCUUUCUCUGUCUAAACGAGGGUUAGGUUUUGGGUUCGGGCUCGUGUAGUCUAAAGAGGUUGGAGGUGUUCGGCAAUGGCGGGAGGAGCGAUUGUGAGCACCGGGGUGACGAAGGAUUACCCCGGGAAGCUGACCGCCUUCGUUUUCUUCACCUGCGUCGUCGCGGCCACCGGGGGGCUCAUCUUCGGCUAUGAUAUCGGAAUCUCCGGUGGAGUGACUUCCAUGGAUUCGUUUCUUAAAAAGUUCUUUCCGACGGUGUAUCGGCAGGAGAAGGAGGACCAGAGCACGAAUCAGUACUGCAAGUUCGACAGCCAGGUGCUGCAGUUGUUCACGUCGUCCCUGUACGUGGCGGCGCUGAUCGCGUCCUUCUUCGCGUCGGCGGUGACGAGGAUGUUCGGCAGGAAAUGGUCCAUGUUCGGCGGCGGGAUCACCUUCCUGAUCGGCGCCGCCCUCAACGGCCUCGCCAAGAACGUCCUCAUGCUCAUCCUCGGCCGCAUCCUCCUCGGCAUCGGCGUCGGCUUCGCCAAUCAGUCCGUUCCAGUGUACCUCUCAGAGAUGGCCCCUGCUCGCCUGCGAGGGAUGCUCAACAUUGGCUUCCAAUUGAUGAUCACCAUCGGUAUCUUUGCAGCCAAUCUCAUUAACUAUGGAACAUCCAAGAUCAAGGGUGGAUGGGGCUGGCGCGUGAGCCUUGCACUUGCCGCUGUCCCUGCUGGCAUCAUCACUCUCGGCUCUCUAUUUCUCCCCGACACUCCCAACUCCCUCAUUGAGCGUGGCUAUGAUGAGAAGGCCAAGAACAUGCUCCGCCGCAUUCGUGGAGUUGAUGACAUCCAUGAGGAGUACAAUGAUCUUGUUGCUGCCAGUGAGGAGUCGAAGCUCGUAGUGCACCCAUGGAGAAACAUUAUUCAGAGAAAGUACCGUGCUCAACUCACCAUGGCCAUCCUCAUUCCCUUCUUCCAGCAACUAACUGGCAUUAACGUCAUCAUGUUCUACGCUCCCGUGCUCUUCAAGACGAUUGGAUUUGCAACCGAUGCAUCACUUAUGUCAUCUGUCAUCACAGGGCUAGUUAAUGUGUUUGCUACCUUGGUCUCUGUCUUUACUGUCGACAAGCUUGGCCGACGAAAGCUUUUCCUGCAAGGCGGAUCUCAGAUGCUUGUUUGCCAGAUCAUUGUGGGGACACUGAUUGCAAUCAAAUUUGGGACCAAUGGUGAGGCAAAUCUUUCAAAGACCUAUGCAGCUUUUGUGGUGCUCUUCAUUUGUAUCUAUGUUGCUGGUUUCGCAUGGUCUUGGGGCCCCUUGGGUUGGCUGGUGCCCAGUGAGAUAUUCCCAUUAGAGAUUCGGUCAGCUGGGCAAAGUAUCAAUGUCUCUGUUAACAUGCUUUUCACUUUCAUCAUUGCCCAAGCUUUCCUCACGAUGCUUUGCCACAUGAAAUUUGGCUUGUUCUACUUCUUCGGUGGAUGGGUUGUGAUCAUGACAAUUUUUGUCGCCCUCUUUCUUCCGGAGACUAAGAAUGUGCCAAUUGAAGAGAUGAUUCUGGUCUGGAAGGCUCACUGGUUCUGGGGCAAGUUCAUUGCUGAUGAAGACAUACAUGUUGGCAACAUUGAGAUGGGCCAUGGUAAGUCAAAGGCUGGGUCCGUGUGAUGGAUCUGAAAUCAAGCACAUCCUUUGAUAAGUGAUCAAGGGUAUGGAUUGGAUCUUGAUUAAAAGCCAGUUGUGGUACAUAGGUUGUAAAUGGUAUUUAAUGGUUUGGUUCUGUCAACUGAAACUUUUGUUGUUUGCUUUUGGGACUAUGUUUUCUUAUUGAUCGUGUAUAAGAUUUCAAGCAAUGAUAAGAAGUGGUUUCUGUAAUCGGAAGUGAA